AUGAACGAUGGCGGCAAAGUCCUUCAGACCCCACUUACUUUCUUCUCCCUUGUCUCCUCCCAUUCUCGAUUCCCUCUCUCUAAACAGGUGGAGGGCCCUGAAGAAAGUUCGUUGAAUGGAGAAAGAUCACAACUAUUCGGUACAGACAUAUAUCUCUCUCUCUUCCGUGGCUCUUUUAUGUUUUUGGCUCCAUUAAAGCUUUUCAUGUCAGAUCUUUUCACCCUCUCUUAUCAUCACCAAAUGUUGUUUUGCUCCAAUUUUGUUGAAUCUUCAUCACUGCAGGCGCCAAUAUCCAUGCCUCCAAGCUUCAACACACUUGACUACUCUCUAGAUCACCACCAACACCAUCUUUAUCCACCAAAUCAGCAUCAACAGCACCUCAUGAUGAAGUUCCAAGCUUCUGGUGAUGAAAACAACAGUGGAUCAAUGGUGGAUUACAUGCCUCAAACACCACCACCUCCACCCCAUGGUUUUUAUGGCGGUUCUAGCAAUGGCACGACAUCCUAUGAUAAAUUGAGUUUUGCAGAUGUGAUGCAGUUUGCAGAUUUUGGACCUAAGUUGGCUUUGAAUCAAACAAAAAGCUGUGAAGAAUCUGGGAUAGAUCCAGUUUACUUUCUCAAGUUUCCCGUGUUAAACGACAAGAUGGAGGAGGAGCAAAAUCUGAUGGUGAAUGAUGACCCUGAUGGUGAAGCAGAAAACCAUAAUGAGAGGUUCAACUUGUCGGAUUUGGAGGACAAGUCAAGGGUUGGUGAAGAGGGAAUGAUGAUGAGAGAAGAUGAAGAGACUCGAAUUUCUGAUGACAACAAUUCCGUGCAGAUGCGGCUUCUUGGUCAGGACGAGACUCAGAAGAAUGCAGCAGUGCAGGAAAACAAGAACAAGAGAAAGAGACCAAGAACUGUUAAGACAAGUGAAGAGGUUGAGAGCCAGCGCAUGACUCACAUAGCAGUUGAGAGGAAUCGUAGGAAGCAAAUGAAUGAGCAUCUUCGCGUGCUUAGAUCCCUCAUGCCUGGUUCAUACGUCCAAAGGGGUGAUCAAGCUUCUAUAAUUGGGGGAGCUAUAGAGUUUGUGAGGGAACUGGAGCAACUUCUUCAGUGUUUGGAGUCACAAAAGAGGAGGAGGCUACUUGGAGAAGCUCAAGCAAGACAAGUUGGGGAUUCCUCCCUUGCACAACAACAACCUCCUUUCUUUCCAGCUCUGCCAAUUCCAAAUGAGCAGAUAAAGCUUGUGGAGUUGGAGACUGGACUUCGUGAAGAAACCGCGGAGAGCAAGUCUUGUUUGGCUGAUGUUGAAGUGAAGCUUCUAGGAUUUGACGCCAUGAUCAAAAUCCUAUCAAGGAGGAGGCCAGGACAGUUGAUCAAAACCAUUGCUGCACUUGAAGAUCUGCAACUAAUCAUCCUUCACACCAACAUCACCACCAUUGAACAAACAGUUCUUUAUUCGUUCAAUGUCAAGGUGGCUAGUGAUUCAAGGUUCACCGCAGAAGAUAUAGCCAGUUCGGUUCAGCAGAUAUUCAAUUUUAUCCAUGCAAACACUAGCAUGUGA